CCUCCUCGCCCCUUCCGGCGCCCGGGCCAGGCGGGCCGCGGCGGCAGCGGGAGCGGCGGCGCUGCCCGGGGAGUGAGCGGUGCCGUCGGGCGCGCCAUGGCCCGCAAGAAGCUGCACCGGCCCAUCGCCGCCAUGGCGAGGAAGAUCCGUGAGUACCGGGCGCUGAAGAACCGACCGCGGGACUCGCAGCGCUUCGCCCUGGACUAUGAGACCAUGCGGCGGCCCCUGACGCAGAAGCGGCUGCCGGUGAGGGCCUGGGAGGACGUGCGGAACGAGAACCGGCUGUUCGAGCUGCUCUGCCGCCUGCCGCGCUUCGGCGUGGGCCGCACCGUCACCCGCAAGUCGUGGCUGUGGGAGCACGACGAGCCCUGCUACUGGGUCAUCACCAAGGUGAAGGCGGACUACACGGCCGAGAACAUGGAUCACGGAAGGGCAUGGGGCUACCUGACCUUCAGAGGCAAAGCUGAAGAAGAAGUGAGAGAGAUCGACAAAGUCAUGUACCAUGACUGGCGUAUGGUUCCCAAGCAUGAGGAAGAGGCCUUCAAGGAAUUCACUCCAGUGCCAGAGGAGACCAUUCGGUUCCUUCCAUACCCACCUCUGCUUCGUGCCAUGAUCCUUGCACAGUGGCAGAAAGAGGGAAAACCAAUCAAAGAGGAGCCAAUGAUUGAUCUGGAGAAGGUCAUGUCCUCUCCACGUCCCAGUGCAAAGAAAAAAGCUACAGGGACACCAGUAUAAAGACUUGUUCUAUGUCCUGAGCUUCCCACAUGCUCUCACUGUGUUAGAAGAGUGUCAUCUUACAGAAGACCCCCUUGGGUGUGUAUCCAGGUUUCCAGCUUUCUCCCCAGCCCUGUGCAGUCACCUUAUCUGAAAGGAAAAAUGGAAAUGCAUUUGCUUUUUUUUUUUUUUUUUGAUAACUUUGGUCUCAAUCAGCAGGGGAAGCUUCUUGGUUCCCUAUGUAGUCUCUGAAUGGCUCCUGCCAUCCAGCUACAGUUCAUUGAAGCAUGAUGUCCUUUGCAGCCAGAAAAUUAGGCUUUUAAGAACAUUUUUGCAGAUAAUUUUUAUAAAUGACUGAGAACAUCACAUUAUUUCACAGAGCUGUGCACUGCUAACAAAAAUAAAUGUUUUCUUAUGUCUGCA